UUCAUCCAUAAGCACAACCAAAUUACACAACUUGACCCAACCAAGGAAUUCACUCCUUAAAAAAGGGGCCAAAGUUGCAAAAUAUCUCACUUUUCAAAGUAGCACAUUCUUCUUCUACAGUUCCCCCUCUCCACUUCCACCAUCUUCAUCAUCAAAACCCCUCCAUUUUUUUUUCCCAAAUUCCUUCAACCCACUUUCUCUUUCUCUCUCUUUAUAUCUCUCUCUCAUUUUAUCUCUCUGUUUUGGCUACCUUGAAUUGAGGUGUGGAGGACCAACAAAUCAAUAAGGGUGUGAAAUUUUCUCAAAGUUAGUAUCUUUCUUGAUGUUUAUGUAAAUUGAGGGACUGUGGGCCUGGCGUACUGUAGCAUCAGGUUUUUAACAAUAGUUCACCAGAUCUUUCUGUGCUGCAGCUGGUCUCUUAUUACAAUUUUGGUUGUCCUCUGAAUCUGAGCCAUAUCACUAAACCAAUAAAGACAUUUCUUUAUGUGCAUUUUGCCGUAAAGCCCUCAUAUCUGGCCUUUAAUUGUAAGAGGCAGUGAUGGUGUCUGGAACUCUUGAUUCAUUGUCCAAGCCAAAGGCUAGACAAACUGCUGAAGAAUUGGUGGAAAGCUCAGAUACUCGUUUAUUACAGCAUAUGGAUCAUGUUAUUUUAGAAGAGGAAAGUAGAGGCUCUAGUGUUCUCAAUUGGGAAGUGAAUAUAAGCAGUGCAGAUUUUGGUACAGGCUGUACUUUGAAGUCUGCUUCUGGGGAAGGUUCUACUGCAGGAGACCUAUCUGCUUUAAAAGUUGUGCCUAUAGUUCAUACAAAUGUGGCAAAGUGCAAGAUCACUGAUGACAAUGGUAGAGAGUUAGAGGGAUCUGGUAGCUUCGAAAGUUCCAUUAAUAAGAAGCUGACAAAAAUUCAAGCUGUUGAAGCAACGGCUGUCAAUAGUAAAUCUGUAUCAGCAAGUGCAAUUUCAUCUGGCAAAAGCAAGAAAUUGAAUGUUGAGUCAUCUCAAUAUCUGGAUCAUCAACAGACAGGCAAACAUCCUAUGGAGGGGCAUGCUACUGGCGUUUUGUAUGAUUUAAGUUCUCCUAACACUUCAAGUUCUCAUACCCAUGAUAUUGUUGGAGAAGAAGUUCGUGACAUUAGUAGGAGGGUGGAACUGAAGCAACCAGUUUCUUUUGGAAGGAGAAGGAGAAAAUUGUCAAGUAGCUGUGAGUGGAAGCCUUUGGAGAAAUCUCUAUUUCUGGAAGGGUUGAAAAUGUUUGGCAAAAGCAGUUGCCUGAUAGCCAGAAACUUUCUACCUGGUCUGAAGACUUGUAGCGAGGUGUCCAGUUACUUGCAGAAUAAUAAGGCUUUGUUGACGCAGAAAAUGGAUAAAGUAAACUCGUCAGAAGACAAUGCAAGAGCUGAUUCAGAUAAUAUGGUGCAAAUGAGACCCAGAUCAAGAAUAUUUCGUAAAAGAGGAAGGGCAAGAAAACUAAAAUAUUCUACAAAGUCCAAUGGUCAUCCAUCUAGCUGGAAAAGGGAUAGUGAUGCAAACAAGGCAGACAAGCAGUACACACCAUGUUCAUGCCAGUUCAUGUGUGGGAAGGACUGCUCCUGCCUAGUAAGCGGAAACUGUUGCGAAAAGUACUGUGGGUGUUCAAAGGGCUGCAAAAAUAGAUUUCGAGGAUGCCACUGUGCAAAGAGUCAGUGUAGAAGCCGGCAGUGCCCAUGUUUUGCAGCUAAUCGUGAAUGUGAUCCAGAUGUUUGUCGUAAUUGCUGGGUUAGUUGCGGUGGGGGUGAUCUAGGCGAACCACCAAAGAGAGGAGAUGGACAAUGUGCAAAUAUGAGGCUCCUUUUGAGGCAACAGCAGAGGAUAUUGUUGGGACGGUCAGAUGUUGCUGGAUGGGGAGCUUUUAUCAAGAAUACUGUGAAUAAACAUGAUUACCUUGGAGAAUAUACAGGUGAAUUGAUAUCGCAUCGAGAAGCUGAUAAACGCGGAAAAAUAUAUGAUCGAGCAAAUUCAUCAUAUCUAUUUGACUUGAAUGAUCAAUAUGUUCUUGAUGCCUGCCGUCAAGGAGACAAGUUGAAGUUUGCAAAUCACUCAUCAAAACCCAACUGCUAUUGCAAGAUAUUACUGGUGGGAGGAGAUCAUCGGGUUGGUAUUUUUGCCAGAGAACGGAUUGAAGCCGAGGAGGAACUCUUUUAUGACUAUCGUUAUGGUCCUGAUCAAGCACCUUCGUGGGCCCGAAGACCUAAUGAAUCUAAGAAGGAUGAACACAUAUCUUCUCAGAGUCGUGCAAGGAAACAUCAGUCUCGCUGAGCUGUAUGUCAUCAGUGUAUGUAUUUACAUAAUCAAGGGUUUUCAUUGAUACCCGAGUGGUCGAGUGGACUUGUGUGGCUGUUUGUCGAUCAGCCAGUAUGUUUGUUAAUCAUAUGAAGUAGGAAGAUAAUAAUAAUAAAAAUCUUAAUAAAAUGAACUGUAACUGUUCCAUGUACAGUAGGAACCACAUAUGUACCAUGAUACCAUCCAUGGGAUAAUUUUAGUAUUUUACUAUUUUAGAUACCUUAAUACACAAGGUAGAAUUUGAAAUUUUACAGCUUAUGUAAUUCUGUUGAUAACUCAUAAAACCCAAAUAAGUAAUGCUGCUAUAAAAAAUAGUUCCGCAGAAAGUUUGAGAUGAAAAAAGAAAUUAAUCCAGAGUUGACCUACUA